CGGAAGUGGAUGAUUUUCGACGUCAUCAGGCGGCUGUGUGCGGAGACGAAGAGCUGCUUUUAACGACUUCUUCUCCGGAUCUAUGAAUCGUUAUCGGCUGGUUUUAACGUUUCGACGUCCCACUGCAGUGUGGAAGUGUUCGUCUGUCAUCUUUUGACGAGUUCCUCGACUUUCUCUCCUGUGUUCGUUUGGAGGAUGGAGAAGGUGUUUCGCUGUCCCGGUCGCCAUGGCUACGCUGUGGAAGUGUCUCCGUUCAUCCCUCACCGCGUGGCCUGCGCCGCCUCCCAGCACUACGGCAUCGCAGGCUGUGGCGCUCUGCUGGUGCUGGAUGAGACGGAGUCGGGGGUCGCUGUGGUGCAAAGCUGGCAGUGGGCCGACGGGCUUUUUGACGUGACAUGGAGCGAAGCCAACGAGCACGUCGUGGUCGCCGGGGGCGGGGACGGCAGCCUGCAGCUGUGGGACACGGCCAAUCGCGGCGCUCCGCUGCGAGUGGCCAAGGAGCACACGCAGGAGGUGUAUUCUGUGGACUGGAGUCAAACCCGAGGGGAGAACCUGGUCGUCUCCGGGUCGUGGGAUCAAACAGCCAAAGUGUGGGACCCGUCUCUCAGCCAUUCGCUGACCACGCUGAGGGGCCACGAAGGGGUCAUCUACAGCACCGUCUGGUCGCCUCACAUCCCAGGAUGCUUUGCUUCAGCCUCAGGCGACGGGACCCUCAGAAUUUGGGACGUGAAGAGCGCCGCGUGUCGAUUGGCCGUCCCAGCGCACAGGGCCGAGAUUCUGAGCUGCGAUUGGUGCAAAUAUGACCAGAACAUCGUGGCCACCGGCUCAGUGGACUGCAGCGUGUGUGUGUGGGACCUGAGGAACGUGAAGCAGCCAAUCAGCACGCUGCUCGGCCACGCCUACGCCGUCAGGAGAGUCAAGUUCUCUCCGUUCAGUGAGGCCACGUUGGCGUCCUGCUCCUACGACUUCACCGUCAGGUUCUGGGAUUACAGAAGGAACCGACCUCUAGAGACCGUGGAGCAUCACUCAGAGUUUGUGUGUGGAUUCGACUUUAACCUGCACAACCCCGGCCAGGUGGUGGACUGUUCCUGGGAUGAGACGGUGAAGAUCUACACACCUGCCUGUUUGUCUGUUGGGUCACACAAUAGAGCAUCGUAGAUCAAACACACAAGUUCUCACGAUGUCUUUUACAAACCAGAGAAGAAAAAACACAAAACGAUGAAAUGAGCGCGAUGAUGUAACCUUCACUGCUACAGUGUUACCGCUCACCUCUAACGACAACUUUAAACCAUGAGAUCUACAUUGCGUUGUCCAUCUAUGGAGGUCCCCACAACGUGCUACACACACACACACACACACACCUCACCAGCUUUGUUGUUUCUG